CGAGCGACCCGAGGACGGUUGCCACCCAUUCAGUUCACGACUUCACGUUCCCCGUCAUUCUUCAGUUGCACACCGCACGGACAACUACGCUCGCCGCCGGACGAAAAUGUUUUACGCGUUCUAGUGAGCUGGGGUUUCAAGUGACAGUGCUAGUGAUUCAAUAAACAACUCCUUGGAUUCCCAUCGAACGUAUUAUUAGACAAGGAUGAUGGCUCCCGAGACAGUGGUGACCGUAGAUCACAACAAGCCCGCCUCACAGCAAGCGGCGCCUCAGCAGCAGCAAGGCGGUGCGCUAGACUGGAUCAAAAUCAACGUAGAGUAUUUUAAAUCUCCGCCUGGGAUAUUGAAAAUUGUUCAAUUGGUAUUAGGUAUUUUGUGCAUGGCGUUAGGAACACCAUGGGCCUCCGCGUGGUUUGUCUUCGUUGCAGUCACGUCAUUCAUAACAACCCUUAUGUGGAGUUUCGUCUACUUCCUCAGCAUCAGGGAAGCGCUCAAGUUACCCAUUAACUGGAUACUCUCUGAACUCAUCAGUACGAGUGUAGAGACCCUUUUCUAUUUCAUCGCGUUCAUUGUUAUGUUCACAUCCGUUUAUGGCAACUACGGCCGCAAUGUCGCUGCUGCUGUUUUCGGUAUCUUCAACACGUUGGCGUACGCAGCCAGCUCCUACUUGCUGUACAAGGAUCACAGAAGCACCACCACCAGCGCGGCAGGAACGGCGUGAAAGGCAAACAUCUGCGCAAGCGCAUCGUCAGAACAAUAAAUAAUUAAUUGUUGUUUUUAAUUUUAUUACACGAAAACUUUAACUAUUGUACAGUCGUUGAAUUAAAAUUAUAAUAUUUUUAUUGUAUUAUAAGCAAUUUUUUUCCGACGAAUAAUAAUACGAAUUUGGUCGGACUACUUACCUGAUUUGUAUUAUAUCUUGUUAGAUAUGGUUUUUUUAUGAAUCAUUUAAUAACUUUAAAAGUCUAAUAUUUUAAUUAUCAAUAUUGCCAUAAAUAAGGGCAACUUAUUUUCUAUCACUUACUAUAGAUACUACUCGAGUCGAGUUAUUUUCUUUGUUAUAUCAAUGUUGUGUCCAUCAAAUUAUGAUUUGAUACAAGAAGUGUUUAAGUGUUUAACUGUGUGAAAUCAAUCCUACUUAAUUAAAACAGGCAGUACUUAACUGAUAAUACAAGAAUUGACUUUUCGUAUUAUUUAGUUACGUACCUACUUAAACAGGUUUCAAAGAUGCUAUUGCACAUAACAUAAUAUAUUUUGUAUGCGGAAUGAUACGUGUCUUUAUACCUACUUACUUAACAAAUUUUAUUAAUUGACUGUUUGAGAUUUAUAUUUGUAAAGUUGAAUGGGAUAUGUCUGUGGGCUUAAGUAUUUUUACAUGUAUUAUUCUUAUAAGAUUUCUCAUUUCAUGAUGAUGUGUUCUCCUUCCAUCAAUAAUAUAUUACAUGUGUUAGUAGUCCAAAAGAGUAAGAAUAAUAAGUGCUCACUCACUCACACACUCACGUAUUUGUGAGCCUAUUUUCGUUAGGUUUCUAAUGAAAAGGUAAAUGUGUUAGUGCUAAUCUUAAAAAAAUGCAAUGAAAGUGACGGGACAUCUUAAUUAAAGUAAGGAAAUACGUAUUCGAAAAUAUUGCCAGAAGCACUUUCUUAUUGUACUUUAUUGAUCAAAGGAGUUUACCAAUUAUGAUAAAAGGAAAUGCUGUAGAUAGCCUUGAUAAACAACAUUUAGUGAAGACAAAUCUUUCUCGCUUCUAAUAUUCUCAAAAAUUUGGAAUGUCCUUCGGACCAGCAAUCAACCACAAUCGAUUUGAAUAGAAGUUAAAGCUUGGCUCAUAAGGCCAUAGAUUUUAACUUGUUUUAUGGCUCUGUGUCCUUUUAAGCCUUUAAAAGCUUAUAGGUCAAAUUUUAAGGUGUUCCUCAGAUACAGUCCAAUUAAAUUUCUCUUACUAUUUUACUUUUAACAUCACAAGUGUUUACAGCUAAUUUUUACUCUGUCUUAAAUGCGUUGAUUUAUGUUUCAAUGUGAGGACAAUUUCGGAUGGUCACAGUAUAUUGUUAUUGUUAUUAAAGCUAGUCUAAAUGUAAAACGACAUUAUAUGGAAUUUGGUAUUAUUUUUAUUCAUCUGUAUCAUCUUGUACACUAAACUUUAUGAUGUGGAAUACUUAUAUAUAUAUGUACACUAUAAUAUUGAUAGCUUGGACACAGUAGGUAGGUACAUAUGUUUUGUUUGUAAAACUUAGCGAUUUUGUUAAAUUACGAAUUAGAGUAAAAUUUGUUUUAUUGACUUUUUUAUUAUUGAAUCUAGAGCCUUAUUAGAUUUGUAAAAGUGGGAAUUGAAUUGUCUAAAGUUUACAUGUCCACACCUUAAACAACUGGGAAGUACUAUUACCGCGCUUAUUUCUGCCACAAAGCAGCAUUGUUGCAAAAUUGUGGAGAUCCGUAGAAGAACUAGAGUUAUCAAUUUAGCUGCUUGAAGCAGUGCGAGGCUGACGUGACAGUAACCGCGCGCAGCUUGGAGGGAAUGAACUUAUAUUACACGAGUAAAAUAGAUACAUUUAAUAUCCCUUUUUGUUCUCAAUCGUGUCUGGUUUUUUGACGCCUUAUUGCCCAUUGAGGUCUAUCAGGCCCACUGAGGGCGUCUAGAAGUACUACCUCGCACUGAUUCACAAUGGAUAUGAGUGUGUUUCUACCAUCGAAGCCUUAACAGAUAUUACAAACAUUUGGUAUUGAACUACUUAUUAUUUAAAUAACUUCUUAAGAGUAUUAUGACUUACCUACUAAAUAGGCAUAAAAUACAAAACUCCUUAAUUUAAAGUUGACGGUUGUGUAAUGUGCGGUGAUUAUUUUUAAAUAUCGAUGUGUAAAAAGAAAGAAAUAAUAGUAGAGUAUAUUGAAUGUAUUUUUCAACAAUUGAAAAAGGUGCAAAAGUAGAGUUUAUACCAUAGUAUUAUGUACUGUGUAUUAUUUUAUGCUGUGUACUGAGUAUACCUACCGAUCAAAUUCAUGAUCAUAAAUAUUGUGGCAGAUGUUAAAUUUAUGAAAUGUACCUAAGUUAAUUUCAUACCUUAGUACCUUUGUUAGUGUGUGGGGGAUAUCAUAUACACAAUAGUUUAGUUUAAUUAAUAUGUAAAGAUUUAAUAAACACGUGUUAACAUUUA